AUUCUGUGCUGUGUUACCUUGUAAAAGUGUUGGACCGUUGGGAUAUUGUUGACUGGUUGAUCUCGGAGGAUGUAGUUCAGGAAAGAAAAAAAGAAUGGAAAAGAAAAGGAAAAAUAAUAAAGGAAGACAAGAAGGAAAACCGAGAGAGUAAUGAGCACAUCAUGAUGAAUGAAGUUCAAUUUCAGGAUUACUCCUUCAUGGGAUUAUAUAUUAUAAUUGAUGGAACUCUUGCUCAUCUGGUCUCUACGCGGCAGAUGUGUUGGGCUGGUGUCAUUGGCAAUACCGUUGGACCACUUCGGCGCGUUCUUUCAAGUUGACGCCGAGAGCAUGGCCAACAACGGUGGCAGACAUAAAGAAACGGCUGAUCAAAGGAACCGCUGGAGCGGUUCAACCUGCAGAGUGCCAUCAUCGGUUAUAAGUUUACCUAUGGUCAGGCUAAGGUAAGUAGAGGUCGUACCAGUUGCAGAGGCUUCAAAUAGAUAAAGAAUUACCUAGAUAGUUUCAGGUGUAAGUCCGGGUGAUCAUGGUGAUGUGAUUCCAAGCAACUCUUCCGUCCGCGUCGGCCAAGUCAGAGCGUCAGGAGACGGACACAUGAUUGGCUGCGCCACACAUGACCAACACUGUCCUUUCACCAGGAGCCAGGUCAACGCACGCUCUGGUGAUAACGCUUACAUUAACAUGAACAUAUCUAAGUUUCAAUUAAACACUCAAUCUCCA